CACUGCAGUGUUUACAUUUUGUUGGUGGUUUCACUCUUUGAUGGACAACCUGAGACCAAUGCAUCUUGAGUGCAGGCAACAAUUCAAGUUGCUUCGUUUUUGUCCCAUCUAAUGCAUGUUUGGUCAAAAAAUGCGUUUGUGCCAUAGCUCAGAAUUUCACUGUAGUGUUUAUUACGGCCUCGACGAAGAUACACAGGUCAAAGUGAUGGAUUUCGAUGGCGAGUUUUUUGUUUGUUUAAACAAUUAUGGAGAGAGCAUUGUUUUAUGGCUGUAACUAGCAGAGGGAAUCCUAUUCUGCGGCUGGUCACGUGGUCAACCCCACGUCACACUCGGUUCAAAGUUGAAAGUCAAAACAACACUGCAGCACGACAGUAUGGCGGUUCUUGUGGGUUGCCGAGUACUUCUGCAAGCUAUUCGACCCCAAACGGGUACCAUCGAGGGAGUGCGCAGAUUGCAGGAGCAUACGAAGUCUUUGCACAAUGUCCUCAACAACAAACUACAGUACAUUCGUCCGACAAGCAAUGGAGCGACCCGUCAUUACAGCUCCGAUAUUAAGGAUGACUUGAGCAUUAGAUAUCUGGACGGAGAAGAUUCAGGGAUUGUCGUCUUUGGGAUCAAUCGACCAAAGCAAAAAAAUGCCAUCAGCAAAAACCUUGUCAUUCAGAUGACUGAGGCUGUGGAGAGUGUAAAAAAGAACAGCAAAGUGAGGACUGUCAUCAUUUGUAGCCUGGUGCCUGGGAUAUUCUGUGCAGGUGCGGACCUUAAAGAGAGGGCCAAAAUGCACCAAAGUGAAGUUGGACCCUUUGUGUCCAAGGCAAGGGCACUAAUCUCAGAACUCGGCAAUCUGCCCAUGCCAACGAUCGCAGCUAUCGAUGGAGCCGCCCUUGGUGGUGGUCUGGAGAUUGCGCUGUCCUGUGACAUCAGAAUUGCCUCUAACAAUGCAAAGCUCGGCCUGACUGAAACAAAACUCGCCAUCAUUCCAGGAGCAGGUGGUACCCAGCGACUACCCAGGGCCAUCGGGGUAGCCCUGGCUAAGGAGCUGAUCUUUGCGGCGCGGGCGAUUGACGGAACGGAGGCGAAGAGACUGGGCCUGGUCAGCCAUGCCGUGGAGCAGAACAAGAGCGGAGAUGCCGCCUACCUCAGAGCGCUGGACCUGGCCCGCGAGUUCAACCCAAAUGGUCCCAUUGCAAUUAGGAUGGCAAAGUUGGCAAUCAACCAGGGCAUAGAGGUGGAUUUAAAUACGGGAUUAGCAAUUGAAGAAGCAUGCUAUGCCCAGGUGAUUCCGACGAAAGACAGGCUGGAGGGACUGGCUGCGUUCAAGGAGAAGAGGCCUCCUCGCUUCAAGGGAGAGUAAACGCCACCCUGGGCCAAUCAAGGUGGAGUAAACGUUCACCCUGGGCCAAUCAAGGGAGAGUAAACGUUCACCCUGGGCCUAUCAAGGUGGAGUAAACGCCACCCUGGGCCAAUCAAGAGCAAUCGCAAAUGGCUACCUUCAGUUCUCCUCCUUUCACUGCUUCUGUCAGAUUCCCAUAAGAUGGCAAUAUAGGCAGUACCAUCCUCUCUAUAACUGGAGUGGGGUGUCCUAACCGAGACGUGAGAUGUCACAUAAAAGUACUGUAUCCGGACAGAGAUAGAAGUUAGGGAGAGAACAACUUUACAGCUGAUUUAAUAACCAGAACUGCUAAUCUGCAUGAUGACUUUAUUUUUUUCAGUUUCUAAUGUCAUGAGUUGCCUUUCCUUGUUGUCGUGCCCAACAUGUGGUCUGUCUGCUGUAUGUUAACAUCAUCGAGUGUUUGUUCCUCAGUGAUUCAGAAGAUCAGAAUAAUUAAGAAUUUGCAAAUAUGAUGAGAUGAGAUUGGAUCCUUAAUAUUACGCAGAAAAGAAUAGUCCCCGAAAUUCCCUAUUUAUUUGACGAGCGUGUGGUCGUCAGCGCAUCCAAUCCAUUUUCUAAUUACAUUUCAUGAUAUCAGGCAGGCUAACAGCAAAUCACAUGAUAAAAGCCAUGCACUUCCCAAGUUCGCUGUGUUUUCUAAUGUUUGAAUGUUAGAGAAAAAGGAUCUGUUCCUAGAUCACAGAGGAAACCUUUGUAGAGCUAUCACAAUAAAGUUCUGUCUCAAACUCUGUCA